AGAUUAAUUUUCUUCAUUCUCUCUGUUAUAAGCCUUAGUGUCACAUAAUUUCUUCUAUGUUUUAGUAUUAAUUUUUUUAGUGUACGAUGUUUGUCAGUUUGUGGGAUCUUCGUCUCAUGAUUUCAUGGCUGUCUAUAUUCUAAGCUCAAGUUGAUUUGUUUAUCACGUUAUGAUUGACUGGCAUUAAGAUCCAGACUUCAAUUAUUGUGAUAUUCUAUGAUUUAAUGCAAGCCCAACAAAGAAGAAACAUCUCCAAUUAACGAGGACCUGUUAGAGAAAGAAAGUGAGUUAGGGAAGAGAAGAAAUGGAACAGCCACUACUGCCACAGGAAAAGGAGAAGGCAUGGAGAUUAACAUGGAGCAACUUUCUGGAGGAAUUGAAGAGCGUGAGCUACAUGGCGGCUCCUAUGGUGGCGGUUUCAUUUUCAAUGUACGUUUUGCAAGUCAUAUCCAUGAUGAUGGUGGGACAUCUCGGUGAACUAUCCCUUUCUGGGGUUGCUGUUGCCACCUCCAUCACUAAUGUCACUGGCUUCAGUCUUCUUUUUGGAAUGAGCGGGGCAUUGGAAACUCUCUGUGGACAAGCAUAUGGAGCAAGGCAAUACCUGAAAGUUGGAACUUAUACAUAUUGCCAAGACCCUCAAAUCUCUAUGGUAGCAUGCAGAUAUGCAGUUUGGCUGAUACCUGCACUAUUUGCCAGCGCAAUUCUUCAGCCUCUAGUUCGCUACUUCUUGUCUCAGGGCUUAAUUGUUCCCUUGCUCUUGAGCUCUAGUACAACCGUAUUUCUCCAUUUACCUCUUUGUUGGGCUCUUGUAUAUAAAAUGGAACUGGGAAAUAUUGGGGCAGCACUAGCAACUGGACUUUCUUACUGGUUUAAUGUGAUGUUGCUUGGAUUUAUUAUGAAGUAUUCUGCAUCAUGUGAGAAAACUUGCAUCCUCGUCUUACAGGAAAUUUUCUCAUCCAUUAAGGAGUUCUUUAGCUUUGCUCUCCCUUCUGCUGUUAUGAUCUGCCUUGAGUGGUGGUCAUUUGAACUGCUAAUACUGCUUUCUGGCCUUUUACCAAACUCAAAAGUUGAAACGUCAGUUCUUUCCAUAUGCACAAGAGUUUCAAAUGAAUUAGGAGCUGGAAAUCCACAAGCAGCUAGAGUGGUUGUCAUUGCUACAGUGGGACUUACAGCCGUAGAAGCUAUCUCCGCAAGCAUAACUCUCUUCUGCUGCCGCUAUGUCUUUGGAUAUGCAUUUAGCAGUGAGAAGGAAAUUGUGAAUUACGUUACAGAAAUGGCUCCCUUGAUCUCCCUAUCUAUUAUAGCGGACAGUUUGCACAGUGCAUUUUCUGGUAUUGCCAGAGGAAGUGGGUGGCAGCACAUUGCAGCCUGUGUCAAUCUUGGUGCAUAUUACCUUGUUGGAAUUCCAGUAGCUAUCCUGUUGUGUUUUGGCAUGCAUUUUAGAGGGAAGGGCCUCUGGAUUGGUAUCGUGGCAGGGUCUACCGUACAAUCAACAUUGCUUGCAAUUGUUACUGCCUUCACAAAUUGGCAAAAACAGGCAGAUAAAGUGCGACACAGAAUAUUUAAAGAGACGUUUCCAGUUGAGAAAGAAUCGGCUUGAGGAAACCGAAGGCAAACAGAGGGAUAGCCUUUUAAUCUGAAUUUCUACAUGCUAUACUCUGAACUCUCUGUUUCCCUUUAUAAUUCAUUAGUUUGUAAUUUCGGAUUUCCCAUGAUUGGCACAUGCCAUUGCAUCAGUUUUAAAU